CAAACCCAAACCCAAACCCAAACCCAAACCCAAACCCAAACCCAAACCAAACCCAAACCCAAACCCAAACCCAAACCCAAACCCAAACCCAAACCCAAACCCAAACCCAAACCCAAACCCAAACCCAAACCCAAACCCAAACCCAAACCCAAACCCAAACCCAAACCCAAACCCAAACCCAAACCCAAACCCAAACCCAAACCCAAACCCAAACCCAAACCCAAACCCAAACCCAAACCCAAACCCAAACCCAAACCCAAACCCAAACCCAAACCCAAACCCAAACCCAAACCCAAACCCAAACCCAAACCCAAACCCAAACCCAAACCCAAACCCAAACCCAAACCCAAACCCAAACCCAAACCCAAACCCAAACCCAAACCCAAACCCAAACCCAAACCCAAACCCACGACUAAGGAAGGUUACGAAGGGCCAAUAUGUCAGUAUCCAAUCUGCUAUGGAAUUUCAUCGAAUUCAAAGAAAGUUUGCAAUGGAGUUGGUAAAUGUAAUGCUCCAAAUAACUGUUCAUGUUUUGAUAAUGAUAUUGAUGGUCACUUUGUUGGAACAAAUUGUGACAAGUGUAAAAUUCCAUACUCUGGAAUUAAUUGUACUGUUAUUGAAAAGUGUAAUGCUACAUUGAAAUGCAAUUCACAUGGUACAUGUGAUGACUAUGGUUUCUGUACUUGUUUCCAAGACGAAACUAACGGUUAUUGGAAUGGAACUAAUUGUAAUACUUGCAAUGAUGGAUUUUAUGGAGAAGAUUGCAUGACUCAAUUGUCCAAUGUACAUUUCAAUAAUGAAGGAAAUGGAUUACUUUUCCAAAUGACCUCUCCAAAUCAUUUCACAUCCUUAAAUGUUGAUUGUAACAAUUUAUUAGAUUCUUCAAGUAUUUCCUCAUUUGGUUCAAAUGUAGUUUGUAGAUAUUCUAAUAAGACAUCCAAUGAUUUUAUUAUUGAAUUGGGAACUGAUAAUUCUAUUCAAGUUGAUCAAGAAAUUUUAUUGAAUAGAAAUGUGUUUAAUAGAAACAAAUUAGGAAAUGAUUAUCAAUCAUUCAAAAUUGGAAAUGCUGAAAAUCCCAUUCGCCCAACAAUUUUAAUUUCUUCAAAAACAACAUAUUCAAGUUGUGAAAAUAUUCUAUUGGAUGCAAGUGAAAGUUAUUCCACAGAUGGAAAACAAAUUUCCUAUAAAUGGGAAAUUGUAUCUUCAAACAUGAUGACACUUCCAAACAAUUAUUCAAGCAAAUUGUCAAUCAUUUUUGACAGUAUAAAUGCUGGAAGUCAUACUUUCAAAUUGACAGCUACAAGCCAAAUUUUGAAAGCAUCCUCAUCUAAGCAAGUCACAUUCCAAAAGAUGAAUUAUGCAACACCUGUCAUUUCUAUUGACGGAAGUGACAGCCUUUCUCUUUCAACAAGUUCAUUGCCUUUGAUUGUAAGAAAAUUAAUAACCUUACCUUCUUGUUUACCUUCAAACUCUGAAAUUAUUGUAAAAUGGGAAUAUUUGAGUGGAACUGGAAUGGAAUAUCAAGUUGACUCUUACAAUAACUUGAAGAUUGUUAAAUUUAAUGAUUUGGCACAGUUAACACAUCAAGUUAAAGUUUCAUCAUAUUUGAAAGGCAAAGAAGAUCAAAUUUCAUCAGCCAAUCUUAAUAUCCAAAUGACAGCUAGUCCACUGGUUGUUAACUUGAUCCAAAUUGAAUUAACAAUUGACCAAGUAACAAUUGAGAUUGAAGAAAUGGAUUCUGAUUUGCAAACUAUUCCAUUCGAAAGAGAAUGGUCUACCAAUAAUUUGAAUAACAAUGACAACAUCUUACAAUAUCUAUCAUCUAUCAAGAAUAAUACAUUAACAAUUACAAAAUCAUUAGUGAACGGUGCUUCUCAAUUCGACAUUUCAUUAAGGUCAAGUAAGGUUUCCAGAUAUUCCACUUCAACUCUCUCCAUUUUAUUCCCAGAAUCUCCUGAAAAAAUUCCACCUUCCAUCACACCAGCUAACUCACCCCCAUCUAAAUUGAAUAAGGGAACUUUAUUAAGCGUACAAAGUAUUGUUUCGAGUGCAAGCAGCAAUAUUAUUAGAGAAUGGACAAUGAAUGGUCAAUCUAUUCCUUCAGAAUUGACAAGUACUAUGAGAAUGCAACUUUCCGAGUCCAACGAAUUAAUUUUGGACACGUCUUCUUUGACAGAAGGUUCUACUUAUCAAAUUUCUUUCAAAGUUACUAAUAUUGAGUCUUUGUUAUCUGCCUCUUUGAAUCAUUCAUUUAUAAUUAACAAAUCACCAAAACCAUGUGACUGUCAAGUGUCACCUUUGAGUGGUAUUGCAAUGACAACAAUAUUUACUUUCAAUUGUCCAAAAUGUCAAAACGAUCAGAAUAGUAAUACUUUCGAAUAUGGUUUUAUGGAUGAUUUUUCAAAAUCUACCUUUCCACUUUCUAAAACAGAAGAAUUAUAUCAAAAACUUCCAAUGCCAAAUUCUGGAAACAAAUUAGAUCUUUAUAUCAAGGUAAUUGAUCCAUUAACAGGAUCUAGCUCCAUAACAACCAAACAAGUUACCAUCACUCUUCCAGUUGUCAAAAGUUUAGCAGAAAUCAAAAAGUUAACAGCUUCUUGGAACCAAAUUGCAGCACUGGCUCCUAUUGGUGAUUAUCAACGAAGUGUUUUCAAUACUGCAACCAUUUCUAGAACAAUGAAUUUAUUAAUUAACAGUAUAAGUUCAAAGAGAGGUUUAUGUAAUGGAAAUGGACAAUUUAAGGAUGGGAAAUGUGUUUGUAAUUCUGGAUUUACAACAAGUAAUUGUAGAUGGACCAUUGAAGAUUUUGAAUUUAUUCAAUCUUUAAUUAGAGAUUUAUUGAAUGAUUUUAUGGGUUCCAGUCAAAUCAUGACAACUGCUGCAGAAUCAACAAAUAGAAAUUACAUUACAAAUUUAUUAUUUGGAUUGAAUUCAAUUUCACAAAAUUCUGAAUAUCAUUCCAACCAAACGGCCAACUCUAGUUUAUUUUUAUUGAGAGAUGCUUUGGCAUCAGUUCAAUCAAGCACUGCCUUUGUUCUGUCUAGAGGCGAUUUGGUCAACUUGCAAAAUAUUAUGAAUUUGCAAGAAAAUUUAAUGGCUUUAGUUUCAAAUGAAAAAUUAUUGGAAACUUUUGAAUUAUUAGGACAAGUUUUAUUGAGAAAUGUUUUAAUUGGUCAAACACCAUUUAAAUUUGAAACUAACAGUUAUUUGACAGUUUUAAACAAGCAUUUCAAGAAUGAAAUGAAUGGAAUGAAAUUCGAAAGUGAGAUGGUAAAUAUCACGUUACCAUUGAACAUUUCAUCUUUCUUGAAAACCAAUUCAAUCAAGUCACCAAUCAAGUAUAGAUGGAAUAUUCAAAAAAAUACAGAUACCAUUGCAAUUUUAAAGCAACCUGGAAAGAUGAUAUCUAUCAAUUCAGUUGUAAAUAGUUUACAACUUGAUCCUUCACCUCAAUCUUAUUCAAAAUACUUAUUCGACAUUGAGAUGAAACAAUACGACAGUCAGUCAACUUAUGUUUGUGCUAACAUUGGAUCAGCAUCAUUGGAAACUGAUUGUUCCAUUUCUAUCAAGAACCAAAUAGCAACUUGUGAAUGCUCUUCAUUAAGAUAUAAUCUUGCAAUUCUUGAAUACAAAUCAAUUGAAACUGCAUCAACCUCCUCUUCAUCAAAUUCAAAUAUAAUUGUCAAAAAACCUGCAACUAGCAAUCCAUUAAUGUGGUUAUUAAUGUUACUAGUCCUCAUUCCACUAACUGCCCUACUAAUUGCAGUAAUUAUUUGGUUUGUAGUAAAGAAACUCGGUAAAGAUAAGAACAAUACAAGAAAUUCACACUCAUACAUGCAAACACAAGAAAGCAGUUCUACGAUUGAAUUGAAGCAUGUUUAA